AUGGGGCUGUUUGAAUUCUGCCAACAAACUUUCUUCACUUUCGCUGAACAGACCUAUGAACAAAUCAAGAGAACCGCAAUGGGCUCACCGGUCUCUGGUUUGGAGGCAGAACUGGUCCUACAGGAGUUAGAAAAGAUUGCCUUCAUCCAGCAUGAGCCGGUAUUUUGGCGCCGUUACGUAGACACGUUUGUCAUCGUAAAGAAGCACAUACUACAACAUUUCCACGGCCUGCUCAAUGCAAUCUUCCCCGGCAUUAAAUUCACGAGGGAAGAAGAACAGGAACAGCAGCUGCCCUUCUUGGAUGUGCCUGUCAAACGAAACCCUAACGGUGAACUUGAAAUAACAGUUUAUAGGAAGGCAACGAACAUCACACAGCUCCUCAGUUUUCACAACAACCAUCCGAUGGCUCACAAACGAAGCUGUGAAGACGAUCUUUAA